ACACACACACACACACACACAUUCGCGUUCAUCAUCAUGCGAUAGAAUGUGUAUCAAGACUCUUUCCGGUUUCUUCCUGCGCUACCUUAUUGCGCGAAAUGCUCUGGAUUACCCAAAUUAUGUAUGUAAUUACAUCGUUUGUUCGUCUCGUAAUUAACCCAAAGUAAAUCUUAUAAGAGCUGCAUUUUUCACGUCAAUUACACGAUUUCGAUUAUUUCGUUGUUAUAUUGCUUAUUAGCCUUUUGAAGCUAUUUUUAGUUAUUUGCAAAUUGCAGCGGAUCGUCAAUCUUUUAUAGCUUGAACUUAUAGAAAACAGCCUUUUUUAAAAUUACUAAAUGCGUUUCAAAUAAAUCAAGCUUUUUGUUUUUGAAUCUUUUUAAUGUUUUAUUAAUGAGUAAUAAAAAAUCGCGACUGUCGGAUCGAGUUGUUGAGUCACGAAAAUUUCCAAUAUAAAUAAAAGUAGACGGAAAGGUUUGUUCCUUCAUGUUUGCAGUGCGAACUGCGAACACACCUCUUCAAAUGGCUGGUCUGCUCUGCUCUGCUGACUGCUGAUGUCUGCUCGCGGAUGUGUUUUGGUUAGUGAUGACCAUAACCUUAAAUAUAGCCUAAUGCCGUCGACUGUUUGUUUUUCGAGGGAUAGCGUUCUAUAAACACUGGAGAUUUACAGAACUUUGUAUUAAUAUUUAUUUAAUGUAAAUUAAAAGACUAUGUCGAAAUAUUCAUCAGACUCCGAAUCAGAAAAGAGCAGCAGUCGAUAUCGACGCAAACAUAGUAAAAGAUCAAGUUCUCUUGAUUCUAGCGACAGUUCUUCGUCAUAUCAAAAACGAUCAAAGUAUUCUAAAGGCAGAAGAAGACAUAGAUCUCGAUCUAGGAGCAGAGAUAAAGACAAGUCAUCAAAAAGCUAUAAGCAUUCCAGAGGUAGUUCAAGAGAUAGAAGGAAGCAUCAGUCACAAAAAUCAAGAUCCAAUUCUGCAGAGCGUAAUCGAUCAAGAAAAAAAUCCGCUUCCAGAGAAAAAUCUACGAGCAGAUCUAGUAGUUCCCUAAAUAUUGAGAAACUUGGUAAUGCUUCAAGAGAUAACUUCCUUAUGAAUGACACAAAAAUAAAAUCCUCCAUUUUAGAAGAUAUAAACAAUGACGAAUUCGUACCAAAACAAUUUGUCUCAACAGCAAAAAAUAAAGAAUCAAAAAUGAAAAAUAUAGUGAUUGAUAUGCUUGACAACACUAUACUUGUUCCACAAAUUGCAAAUGCAUCUGAAAUUUCUAAUAGUAUUUUUCACACAUCGAUAAUGGCUGAUAAAGAGGCAAAAUUUGAUAAAUGGGUGAAAAAAUUAUACGCGUUGAGACAAAAAGCAGUAAGUGAAUUGAAUUAUAGUUGAUUAUAAGUGGAUUAAGCACAUAUAACGUAUUUGAAUAAAAACAAUUUUUUUCUAA